UGCCUUCUAGAUUGUCUCGCAAACCCCCAACUACCACUUCGCGCUCAAUUCGAACGGGUUUCAAUUAUUAUACUGCUGUAUUAACUUUUUAAAGGUUUGAUUACGUUGUCGUAGAAGUCAUGUUCCGACCAUUGUCGACAGUUCCUCUUCCAGCUACUGCUCAACAUUGUCUGAAAGAAAAUGGGUUUGUCUAUUGUGAAGAUGUAUUGAGUCAUAGAGGGGUCAAUCCAGAAGCUCGCAAUUUACUACACCAGUGGAAUCUUCAUAGUAAUGAGUCUUGGCAUUCCCUUACUUCUAUUCCUACAACUCAGAAUUCCCUUGACAUGUGGCAGGAAGAAUGCACCACUCCUGGAAUCGUCACUUGGAGUGAGCAGGUUGACUCCAUGCUAGGGGGUGGAAUUCCUCUUCAUGCUAUUACUGAAUUUUGCGGUGCUCCUGGUUCAGGGAAAACUCAGUUGUGCCUUCAGUUGUGUGUAGAUGUGCAGAUACCUGUUGGUCUUGGAGGCCUAAGUGGACAAGCUGUUUUUAUCGAUACUGCAAGCAACUUUUCACCUCACCGAGUAAGAGAAAUGGCUGAUGCAUAUUGCAUACAUUGUCAUCAGCUAUUAAAUUCAUCUAUGAAAAACCAAAGUGAUAUUUCAGAAGAUUUUUGCUCAGAUUCUGUACUAAAAGGUAUUCAUUGUGUAUCUACCCAUGGGAUCACCCAAUUACUUGCAGCAAUAAAACUAUUACCAAAAACCCUUGAAAAAAAUCCAAAGGUUCGAUUAAUUGUGAUUGAUAAUCUAGCAUUUCCUUUCAAUUCUGGAGAUUCAUGCUCCACCAUUGAUCGCACAAGUUAUGUGUAUCGCAUUUUGUCAGAUAUGCAAAAGCUUGCCUUAGAGAGAAGCCUUGCUGUUGUAGUAACCAAUCAGCUUACAACGCGUUUGAUCAAAAUGAAUUCUGUCAAAAGUGAGUUAUCUCCUGCACUUGGUGAAAGUAUGGGCCACAGAGUCACCCAAAGGCUGUUGCUCGGACGCAUUCCAGGCAAUGUUAUUGCUGCAGUAUUGUUAAAAGGAAAUAACCAACAUUGUGCAAGUGCAAAAUUUAAGAUCACCAAAGAAGGCAUUAGAGACCUCUAGUGUUUGGUGCAGAAGUGUUCAGUGCUUCAACAAGUCCAAACUGAUGCAAAAUACAUUUCUUUUAAGGAGGUAAAGUAAGAAGUCAGUGGUA